UGUUGUUCAGAUGAAGUUACGGGGAAGAUGAAGGUUCCCUCCAUCUGCCAGAGCGCCAGAGCCAGCUCCCCUCUGCCUGGUUUUCUUGUUUUCUUCCUGACUUGUUAUGUCCGCAGCAUGGAAUCAGCACAAUUUACAGUGGUGGGACCUGACCGGCCUGUCACGGCCGUGGUGGGGGAGGAGAUCGUGUUACCCUGUCACCUGGCCCCCAGGAUGAGCGCUGAGAACAAAGAGGUGACUUGGUUCCGGUCCGAGCUCUCCCCAUUCGUCCAUCGCUGUAGCAAUGGACAGGACCAGUAUGGGGAGCAGAUGCCAGAAUACCAGGGGAGGACAGAGCUCUUGAAAGAUGGUCUAACCCACGGGAAUGUUGCCUUGAAAAUUCUCCAUGUCAGACUCUCGGAUGAAGGGCGGUACAGCUGUUUUGUUCAAGAUGGCCUCUUUCUUGAAGAAGCCAUCCUGGAACUAAUGGUGGCAGAUCCCUUUUUCCCGAAGGUGAAUCCCUGGAUGGCGUCUCUAGGAAUGACCCUGGUGGUUUUGCUGGGCUCCUUUGCCCUGAGUGUUUAUCUCUUCAGAAUCAAAGGUAAAUGUUGGAGCAGGAAAUACAGGGACAUUCCCAAGGGAUUUUCUUCGAAGCCGCGCGCACAGGGACAGAUCUGACACUUGGCCCGGCAUGACGGGAGCUUAGAACUGCCCCACCCCCGCAGCACAGGGCUGGAAAUGCCACUGAGGUUCC